AACACCGUUCAAACAAGAGCAUGGCUUGAAAAGUGUUAUUCGGAAUCUGCUCCGUCGAGACAAAUGGUUGAGAAGUGGUUUGCCGAGUUUAAACGUGGUCGUAGCUCGACUGAAGACUUGCCCCGCAGUGGAAGGCCAAAUGAAGCAGUUACUCAAGAGAACAUUAAAAAAGUCCACAAAAUCGUUUUGGCCGAUCGUAAAGUGAAGUUGCAAGAGAUAGCAGACACUCUAAAGAUAUCGAAAGGCAGUGUGCACACAAUUUUGCAUGAGCAUUUGCCGAUGCGGAAGCUCUUUUCUAAGUGGGUGCCGCGUUUGCUCACAGUGGACCAAAAACAACAACGUGUCGACGAUUCGGAGGCCUGUUUGGAGCUGUUUCGGCGCAACGAGAAGGAUUUUUUGCGUCGGUAUGUGACAAUGGAUGAAACUUGGAUCCAUCAUUUCACACCGGAGUCAAAUCGGCAAUCAUCCGAAUAUGGCUCAAAUGAAGAGGUAAUUUCCACAACUGAGGCGUAUUUUGAGUCGAAAGACAAUUUGUUCUACAAAACUGGUAUCGAAAAGCUAGAGAGGCGUUGGACGGAUUGUAUCACUCUUGAAGGAAACUAUGUCGAUAAAUAAAUCAAAAUUUGGCCGAAAAAACUGUGUUUUCUUUGUUAUCCUACGGACUUAUUGACCGAUGUGUUAUUUACGUAACAACAACUGCAUUCGUACAUCUAAUGCAAAUACAAUA